AUGAAACUACGCGCUCUUUUAAGAGAUAACGACGUCUGCGAUGUGGUGUCUACUCUAUGGAUGAUCAUGCCUGGAGUUCGCGAAGUUGGGUCUUUCCUUACUACCUUUCCAGUCAACAAGAAUGGUGAGGGAAGGUCAAUUCAGUGGCGCGUCGACGGAGAUUACGUGCCAGAUCGAGUGCGAUUCCGGCUAGUCGAAUCGCUUGUUGAUGAUGCGUCGGAUAAGUUGAGGGGCGGAUUGGCGCUAGAUGAAGAAAUUGAGUUGGACACUGGUCAGCUCACCAGAGAGCAGCUGGAAGCUAUGAAAUCCUUGUGGGGGCUACAAGAUACUUGUCGCAAUGCUGUUCUUUGCUGUACCUGGUUGAAUAGUACUAUACUGGAGUGUUGGCCGUAUACACCGCUGGUUGGGUUCGGAUUCGACCUGACGUACACCAAUCUCUUUUGCUUUCGAGAUUCCGCUUGGCUAAACGAUAAUGCCAUGCGUGCUUUUGCGGUUUGUCUCGCACGGUACAAGAACAAUUGUACAGUCGUCAUUCCGCCCCCCCAAAAAGCCAAAGAUGCCAAGAAUGGAACCCAACCAAAGGCCACCAAAAGUCGUAUCUCUACAAGCACGCUCGACAAAGUUGGUGAAAGUGUUGCCUCGCACCAAUUCGUGCUUCUUCCUAUCAAUUUUGGUGGCACGCAUUGGGGAUGCCUCGUGGUUGACCGAGACACCAAGGUUGUCAAGAUGUACGACAGCAUGGGCGGUAAGAGAAACAAGAAACGGUUGGAGAAGAUGGCUGAAGAAAUCCGUACUGGGCCUCUACGUGACGAUUCCUACAAAGCUUUGGAAGUAACCGAGCCGGUGCAAACGGACAGUGACAGUUGCGGUGUGUUUGUGUGCCGGUUUUUCUGGACUUGCGUGAGCAGCGAAUCCCCCAGCGAUGUGUCCCCAGCUGGUAUUACGAAGCUGAGGUGGGAGAUGCUGCACGCAGUCAUGAAGUUGAGGCCGCGCUAG